GCCGCCGCCGCCGCCGCCUAAGGAGAACCCCUGGACCAAAAAGCCUCCCCAGCACCUGCCCCCUGUCGGGACGGGACCGGCGCCGUCCUCACUGGAAACCCUGGAGGCAGAGCUCAGUUCCCCCAAAAUUAUAAAAGCAGGAAAACUCAAGACAAAGAAAUCCAACAAGGCUAGUGAUUUCAGCGAUAUGGCGAAUUGGCCAACACCAAGUGAAUUAGUGAACACUGGAUGCCAAAGUGUCAUCAGCCAAGGAAAUAAGAAGCCACAAAAUAGAAAAGAAAGAGAAGACAAGGCUGAAAAGAGAAUUAACAGUGAGAGCAAAGAAAGCCGGGAAACAAAAUUAGAUGGUCCUGGUGAAAAUGCCAGUGAGGAUGAGACUCAGUCAAGUAAUCAACGAAAGAGAGCUAAUAAGCACAAGUGGGUACCACUCCACUUAGAUGAUGUAAGACCAGACAGUCAAGAAAGACCAGGAUCCCGGAACAGCUCAAGAUGUCAACCGGAAACAAAUAAGUCAUCACAUAAUAAUAGGAGAAAUGAUACACGAAGUUGGAGGCGUGAUAGAGAAAAGCGAGACGAUCAAGAUGAAGUUUCCAGUGUGAGGAGUGAGGGUGGUAAUAUCCGAGGUUCCUUUAGAGGCCGAGGAAGAGGCCGAGGACGGGGAAGAGGACGAGGCAGAGGAAAUCCUCGAUUGAACUUCGAUUAUUCGUAUGGUUAUCGAGAACAUGGUGAAAGGACUGAUCAGCCAUUUCAAACAGAACUUAAUACCAGUAUGAUGUAUUACUAUGAUGAUGGUACAGGUGUACAGGUGUAUCCUGUGGAAGAAGCACUGCUUAAAGAGUAUAUUAAACGCCAAAUCGAAUAUUACUUCAGUAUAGAAAAUUUAGAACGGGACUUCUUUCUUAGGAGAAAGAUGGAUAAACAAGGUUUCUUACCUAUUUCGCUGAUUGCUGGUUUCCACCGUGUUCAGGCUCUCACUACAAACCUUAAUCUCAUUUUAGAGGCACUGAAAGAUAGCACAGAAGUGGAAAUUGUGGAUGAGAAAAUGAGAAAAAAGAUAGAACCAGAAAAGUGGCCAAUUCCGGGCCCUCCUCCACGUAGUGUGCCACAAACAGACUUCUCUCAACUGAUUGAUUGCCCAGAGUUUGUACCAGGCCAAGCCUUUGGUUCACAUACAGAGUCUGCCCCCAAUUCUCCAAGAACUGGAAGUCCACUGAACCCAAAGAAAAAUACUGAAACAAAUAAGCUUCAAGCAAUGUCUAGAGGUUUGUCUACCAGUUUGCCUGACUUGGACUCAGAACCUUGGGUAGAAGUUAAAAAGAGACAUCGUCCAUCUCCAGUGAAAUUGAAGGAAUCAUCAUCUCUACCUGAAGAGGCAUCAGAUCAGCUGUAUCCUUCAGAUGAACAAGAGCAAGAAGAACUUGAUUUUUUAUUUGAUGAAGAGAUAGAACAAAUAGGACGAAAGAACACAUUUACUGAUUGGUCUGAUAAUGAUUCAGAUUAUGAAAUUGAUGACCAGGAUUUAAACAAGAUUUUGAUUGUAACUCAGACACCACCUUACAUGAGAAAACAUCCUGGAGGAGAUCGAACAGGCAACCACAUGUCUCGGGCAAAAAUUACAUCUGAACUUGCUAAAGUCAUUAAUGAUGGCUUAUAUUACUAUGAACAGGAUCUGUGGAUGGAGGAAGAUGAAAACAAACACACAGCCAUAAAGCAAGAAGUUGAGAACUUUAAGAAGCUAAAUCUCAUUAGUAAAGAGCAGUUUGAAAACCUAACACCUGAACUUCCUUUUGAGCCAAACCAAGAAGUUCCUGUAACACCUUCACAGUCCAGGCAAGAUUUGAGUGAUGAAUUAGCCCAGAAGCUGUUUGAUGUUUCAGAAAUAUCUUCAGCAGCAAUGGCCCAUUCAUUGCCCACAGCAGUUCCAGAAUCUCCUAGAAUUAAUCCUGCAAGGACACCUAAAACACCUCGAACACCCAGGUUACAAGAUCCAAACAAAACACCAAGAUUUUAUCCUGUUGUUAAAGAACCAAAAGCUAUUGAUGUAAAGAGUCCAAGAAAGAGAAAAACAAGACAUAGUACAAAUCCCCCUCUAGAGUGUCAUGUUGGUUGGGUAAUGGAUUCCAGAGAUCACGGGCCAAGAACAUCUGUCAGCAGUUCAAAUGCUUCACCUUCAGAAGGUGCACCACUAGUAGGAAGUUAUGGAUGUACUCCUCAUUCAUUUCCAAAGUUCCAGCACCCUUCUCAUGAACUUUUGAAGGAAAAUGGCUUUACCCAACAAGUGUACCACAAGUAUCGUCGAAGAUGUCUAAGUGAGAGAAAACGCUUGGGAAUUGGCCAGUCCCAAGAAAUGAAUACCCUCUUUCGUUUCUGGUCCUUUUUCCUCAGAGAUCACUUCAAUAAAAAAAUGUAUGAGGAAUUUAGACAACUUGCUUGGGAAGAUGCAAAAGAAAAUUACAGGUAUGGAUUAGAAUGUCUGUUCAGGUUUUAUAGUUAUGGACUGGAAAAAAAAUUCAGACAAGAAAUUUUUAAGGAUUUCCAAGAAGAAACCAAAAAAGACUACGAAUCUGGUCAGCUAUAUGGAUUAGAAAAGUUUUGGGCUUAUCUAAAAUAUUCUCAAUCUAAGACGCAGUCUAUUGACCCAAAACUUCAGGAAUACCUCUGUAGCUUUAAGAGGUUAGAAGACUUCCGCAUUGAUCCCCCUAUUAGUGAGGAAUUUGGAAGAAAAAGACAUUCAUCUACUUCUGGUGAGGACAGUAGUCGUCAUAGACUUCCAUCUAAUUCCUCUACAAAGCCACCAAAUGCUGCUAAGCCUACAUCUGCUAAUCAGCUUCAGGUCCCAAUAAACUGUCCCAGAAGGAAUACUUCACAGGAGUCCAGUGACAAUUCACACCAGAACAGUGCUGCCUCAGUCUCAACAGAUGGUGAAAUGCCUGAGAAAUAGACUCUUAUGAAAGUUGUUUGCCCUUGAAAUAGACAUUUACUUCAGUAUUUAUUUGGGAAAAAUCUUCUGAUGUUUAAUUGUGAUAAUCACAAAAAA